AUGGCGACUGAUGACUUAAUAAAACGGAAACCGGUCGUGGGGACCGACAUCCUCGCCCAGAGUCGCCUCUUCUUCUCCGACCCCGUCGUCGCGGCCUUUUGCGGCGGUGGCGUCGCUGGAGCCGUCUCCCGCACAGUCGUGUCACCCCUCGAGCGCCUCAAGAUCCUGUUCCAGAUCCAGAGCGUGGGCCGCACGGAAUACCAGAUGCCCGUGGGCCAGGCGCUCAAGAAGAUGUGGGUGGAGGAGGGCUGGCGCGGGUUCAUGCGCGGCAACGGCACCAACUGCAUCCGCAUUGUGCCCUACUCGGCCGUGCAGUUUGGCAGCUACAACUUCUACAAGACGCACUUGUUCGAGUCGUAUCCCGGCGCCGACCUGACAUCAUUAGCGCGCCUCACAUGCGGUGGCAUUGCCGGCAUCACAUCCGUCGUCUUCACAUACCCUCUCGACAUUGUGCGGACACGCCUUUCGAUCCAGACAGCCUCCUUUGCAGGCCUGGGCAACCGGGCAGGACAGAUGCCCGGCAUGUGGGCCACACUCGUGCUGAUGUACAAGAACGAAGGCGGUUUCAAGGCGCUGUACCGCGGCAUUAUCCCGACCGUGGCCGGCGUGGCACCAUACGUCGGCCUCAACUUUAUGACGUACGAAGCGGUCCGGCAAUACUUUACAAAAGACGGCGAGAAGAACCCGACGGCCGUACGGAAACUCGCGGCAGGUGCCAUCUCUGGCGCCGUAGCGCAAACCUGCACAUAUCCUUUUGACGUCCUGCGACGCCGGUUCCAGAUCAACACAAUGUCGGGCAUGGGCUACCAGUACAAGUCAUUAACGGACGCCAUCCGUGUGAUUGUUGCGCAAGAAGGCAUCAGGGGCCUGUACAAGGGCAUCGUCCCGAAUCUGCUCAAGGUGACGCCGAGCAUGGCGUCCAGCUGGCUGAGCUUCGAAAUGUCGCGCGACUUCCUCCUGGGGCUGCGUGCUGAACAGGACGAGGAAGCUGUCUUAUAA